CUCUUCCUCCCCCUUCACCCCCCCUCUUACCCUCAACAGUAAUCUAACAGGCACAACUUGAGAGAGUGCACAUUUGUUGGUUGUACACCGUUGGGAGUGCUACCACUGGACCAGUGUCCGUCGUUAGUUUAAAAAUCAUCAUUUCCCAUUGGUUGUUCGACACUGGAAAAAGUUGUGUGAAUUAACUACUUUUGAAUUUCGUUAAAAAAAAAGAAUUUCUUUUUUCCAAUGGAAAGUAAGUGUUGAGUUGUUUUGCGUAUUGUGAUUUGAAAAAAAAAAAUCGGUGGGUGAUGAUUUGAUGAAACAAUAGAACGGGAAUUUGAAUGAUAAAACUGAAUAAAGGAGUGAUAAAAGCUCAAUGUUCCUCAAUGGGACAGGGCCCGUGCUGACGGCUGGCAGUAGCAGUAACAACGUGUUGGGUCCCCGGUGUUCCCUGUGGGUAAUUGCGCCCGGUAAGGUCGUAAAGAAACGGAAGACAGUUUUAUAGCUGUUUCUUUCCCCACUUGUAACCCACGUGGCGCUCGUAAAGUAACUUUGCGGGUUAUUUGCCCUGCCUCUCUAUUAGUCGACGGGAUCCACCUACCCUCAGCCGUUCUCCUUCAUUAUCGAAUGGUUAAUCGGUGGGUUUAUUUAACGAUAAUCGUCAAUGUGGUAUUAUCGGUGUUGAAUCAAUGAAGAUAAUCGUGAAAUGACUGUAUUAAAAUGGAUGAACAAUUGUUGUGGUUGAUGGAGUGAAAGGUUUGAAUAAGUUUAAUUAAUGAUAAAGUGUUUGAUGUGAAUACUGAACACUACGAGUGUCAUCUGGUUGAGAUUGAUAGUUGUGAUUAAUAAUUAUUGAUGAUGAGCUCCUAUCAGUUUGUGAAUUCAUUGGCGUCUUGCUACGCCGGCCAACAGGCCCAACAGCAACAGCAACAGCCAUCACGGCCGACGCCAAAUUCACCGGGUGAGCCAUUGCAAGCAGCAUCACCCGCCGGUGGUAAUUACUACAAUCCAAAUGUCGCAGCUGCUGGAUAUCCAACUCCUUGUUACUCACCCCAACAGCACUAUCCACCGCAUCCUUAUGCAGCACCAGCAAGUGGAAUGCAGCAUCAACCACCAACCGAGAUGAUUGACUAUACCCAACUUCAGCCUCAGCCGAGGUUAAAUCCCUCGACAACGAGCCAACACAGUAUGCACCAGCAGUCCCAUCAUCCUCAGCAUCACCAACAGAGCCAGAUUCAUUCGGUGGAUCAAACGAGUCCACUCCUCCAGGGAGCUAGCUCAACGUCUGUUCCGUCAACCUCCAGCUGUAAGUACGCGGACUCGACGUCCUCGACUGGAGUGGCAUCGCCGCAAGAUCUUACGACGUCAACCUCACGAAAUAGUCCAACACCACUGGCCGGAACCAGCAAAGCUGGAGCUGGAUUGACAUCACCCCCGGGUAGUUCAUCCAGGUCAUCUGUCGCUGCUUCAGCAUCUUCUCCACCGAGCGGUAGUGCUAGGGGUGUUGGAGAAGGUAGUUCAACGUUGACAACAGCCUCGUCAGCAUCCUCACCAGCUUCAUCAACGUCGAGUACCUCCAGUACUGGAAAUAAUUCGUCGAAUAAGGGCAACAGCAGCAGUGGUAAUCCACCACAAAUUUAUCCGUGGAUGAAGAGAGUUCACAUUGGACAAAGUACUGUGAAUGCAAACGGCGAGACAAAACGUCAGAGGACAUCAUACACAAGGUAUCAAACCCUAGAACUGGAGAAGGAAUUUCACUUCAAUCGUUACCUCACAAGACGAAGGCGCAUUGAAAUAGCGCAUGCACUGUGUUUAACCGAACGUCAAAUAAAAAUAUGGUUUCAAAAUCGUCGAAUGAAGUGGAAGAAGGAGCACAAAAUGGCAAGCAUGAACAUUGUACCAUACCACAUGUCACCGUAUGGUCAUGCCUACCAGUUUGCACCUCACCCAGGCCAGUUUGCCCAUUUGGCCACAUAGGACGAGUUCUCGCCCGCCGAGCUCGGGGCACAUGCGGUCCGGUUUCCGGGUAUGUAUGGCGAACAGAAUUUCUAAAGGCUUUCAAAUAAAUACGCGUCUCAUUCGUUGAUUACCAACAACGAUUGAGAUGAUUGUGCUUCACUUCUUGCUAGGCACUAGAUCGAUUUGUCACUCUGUGAUCACCAAGUCUCCAACCAUCCAACUUUGGGAUUCAACUGUUGGUUUAGAGUUGAUCAUUUGCUCCGGCUGUGCUCAGCCAUCAAAUAAUCAAUAGCUUUACUCUUUAUAUCCUCGUGUUGGAUGAACCUGUGAUAUUUCUUCUAGUCCUACUCUAGUCAAAUGACUAACAGUGAAGAUGAACGAAAAGCCAAACUGAAUAAAUUUAUUCGAGAAAUUCUGAUACAGUUUUAUCACUGUCGCUGUUCACCUGAUUAUUAUACUUGAGACUGGACUGCGCUCCGAGAUGAUCCUCAAUUAAUGCUGUGCAUUUUACAUUAAAUUAAAUGACGAUAUACAAAGAUUUUGAAUUAAAAGAAAAUGCAUUUGCCGGGGAUCUGACUCAGCGGGCGAGAUUAAUGAAUCUCAUUAGUUAUUAGGAACAUAGAUAUUAGGGGCUGUCUUGAUUGAUUGAUGAUACAGUCACAUCGAGCUGCUGAUUAUGGAUACAAAUGAAAAUCAAAGGUACUUAUGUCUUCAACUUUCGGGUCUAGACAACAUACUCGAUGGAUAAAUUUCAUACCUCUCGAUUGUUCCAAAAAUUUUUAUCUCAAAAAUCUGUACAUCUGACGAACGAUUGUAAACAAUAUAUUGCAUCAUCAUAAAUCCUCAAAGAUGUGAAGACGAUGCUGCAGGAGAACAACUGAAGACAGGAGAAUUACAACGACAAGACAAAAGAGAGCAAGUGACGUAAAUUUUGGGAAAGAAAAUUGAAAAGUAGUCGAAAGUAGGACAAUUCUUCAUAUUUUUCAUCCUCAGAAUUUUUCUGAAUCGUUUUUUUCUCAACUUGAGAGAACAGAACGGAUCGAGACAGCAGAAAUUCACAGAUUCUCUUGUUUUGUCUUGUCUUACUUUAUCUCGUCUCAACUUGUCUUCUGGCAUCCUUAUGAACCCAGUUAUUCGUCUGAUCCAGAACACGAAAAUCGUCUUUGACUCAUAGUAUUUAAGAUUGCCUGCUAAUGCUCAAAGUGUUCUUGGCCAAAAAAAUCAAUGAAUUAACCAGGGGGCAUAAAAAUUACAUAAAUCGAUUGUGUCGACGCUAUGUUCAUUGUAAAUACUGUACACGUGAUUGUUUUUCGUGAUGCUACUGUCAAAAAAAAAUUGAGGACGAGAAUGAAAACGUUAGCAAAGGGACUAUUUAUGAAAAUUUAAGUUGACCGGAUGCGCCUGUGCUUCCUUGUUGCACAUCGUUGAGGCAAGAGAGUCAACCUGAGAUGGAAGAACAUUCAUUGGAUGAUUAAUUAGCGAGUGGGUUGUUAGGCAGGUGUGUUUACUUGCACAUGCAUCCGUGCAUAAUUCGAUGUAAUAUCUUGUGAUAUGGGGUGAACUUAAAUGGAUACGUAAUAAUUAAGUAAAUAAUGAAAUGCGUCACUCUGUGUUUAGUUAUGAUUGACUGAUUGAUUAAUUGAUUGAUUGAGUGAUUGAUUGAUGUAAAUUGUAAAACGAGGCUCUUGCAGUACGAGGAAGCAAAUUCGGAAGCAUACAGGGAUUAACGUGUAUACGAUUUUAACGAGUUAGAGUGAAAACAAAAUUUUAAGACGAUAUUUGUACAUAUUUAUUGAUUAUAAACUGAGUGAGGACAAUGUCGAUUAAAUUGACAGUCGAAAACGAGGAAAAUUUAUCAACUGAAUUAGUGAAUAAAAUUGUCCUUUAGUUUUGUCAUGAAAUCGAAAUUGUUCAUCGAUUUCUCCUGUCACGAAAGUCGUAUUUAAUAACUGAUUAACGAUUAUUAUUAUUAAAAUAUUAUAUAAUUAUUGAAAUUAUGAAUUAUUAUUGUCAUUAUGAUUAUAUUGAGAAUGAGCCUGUUGAUGAUUGACUUGGUCCAGUGUUAAUAUUGUAUUUUAUUUGUUUCGUUAUGGUUUUUUUCUUUUUUUUUGUUGUUUUCAAACGCCGCGUGUCGUGAUACACGCUCCGUACCUACGCGAUUAAAUGCCGUAAAAUUAUGAAAAUUAUAAUUCGUCUUUGUGUGUUCUGUUCUGUUCACUAAUAAAAUAUCUUUUACCCAGUGGCGAGCCAAAUAUAUAUUUCUCAUGUUGCGCAGUUCUGAGAGAGAUUCAUAUUAUUUUGUUAUCGAAUGUGAAUUGUUUUCUUAUUUUUUCUUUCUGAAAAUUCGUAUAGAAAUUUGUAGAAAUCAAUGACCUCCAUAUUUUCCUCCUUGCCAGUAUGAAAAGAAAAUUUAUAGAAAAUGAAACAAAACUUCCCUUAAAUUAAGCUCAAAGUAUUACGUUCGCGUAGCGUUUUUUCUGAUGAAAUGUUACUUCAUUCCAUGUAAUAUACAUAAAUAGUCUAGCUAAAGGGAAAUUAAAUGAAAAAAAAAUACCUACUUACUGCAAAAUACGUAAACCUAGAGCACCGUACACGUGUAAGAAUCGUAUAAUUAUAUAUAAUUUAAAUUGUAAUUAUUAAAUGGUACCUAUGACGUAAAAUGAAAAAAAAACAGACAAAAAAUUA